AUGGUUUCCAGCGACAGCGACGCAAGAUGGCAGCGAUGGGCAAGAUGGCAGCCACCACGGGCUUGGACAAUUUAUGAAAACCGAAUAUACAGCCUUAAAAUAGAAUGUGGACCUAAAUACCCAGAAGGACCUCUCUUUGUAAGAUUUGUAACAAAAAUUAAUAUGAAUGGAGUUAAUAGUUCUAAUGGAGUGGUGGACCCAAGAGCCAUAUCAGUGCUAGCAAAAUGGCAGAAUUCAUAUAGCAUCAAAGUUGCCCUGCAAGAGGUCCGGCGCCUAACGAUGUCUAAAGAAAACAUGAAACUCCCUCAGCCGCCCGAAGGACAGUGUUACAGCAAUUAA